AUGGCUUCCACUCUCAACUCCGUGCCAGCUGCUAACAGCUCAUCUGGCAAUGCUGUUAACUCACAGAAUCCUGGUCGUCCCUCACUGAGGUCCAGCGCCAGCGCUAAGGGGGAUGGCCGCCGCCAAUCUGGCAGCCCCGGAGAUGGUGGUCAGCGGCGCACAAAUUCCCACAAGGCCUGGACCCAAGGGACCAACCCCAUCACCCAACGCUCCUCACACGCUUCGUCCAACGGAAACAUGUCUCGACAGUCAGGCUCUCCUCGGCCGAACCAAAAGGAGUCGAACACCCCCGAAAACCACGCUCAUGACCGCCUGGUCUUCUUAUUCGCCAGUUUUAUUGGCCUGCACACCGCUAUAACCACAAAGAACGGGGACAAGUAUACAGGUAUCUUUUCUUCUUCAACCUUGGAACCCAGCGAGUCAUCCUUCUCCCUCAAGAUGGUGCAACGUGCCUCAGACGAUAAUCAGUCCAAGACAAAUGGCGUGAGCCAGGCCGCCAGUCCAUACCUAGGUACUGGGAUUGAUCACGCUAUGGCUUUUGAUAUCAGAGAUAUUGCCGAUAUCUCUGUACCGAAUGUUGUCCCGGCACAGGUCUCUGUCAAGGAAUCAAAUGGAACGGCCGGAUUCAGAACUGACACUGAUAUCUCCGGACACCUUGCGGUCCGCGAGCGCACACUGCAACGUUGGGAACCAGCUGAGACGGAUAUUGACUUGUCCCUGGAAAGUGCCGCUGGCAACUCCUCCGGCUGGGAUCAGUUCGAGGCGAAUGAGCGUCUCUUUGGUGCAAAGACGAACUACGACGAGAACAUUUACACGACUGUCCUCGAUCGCUCAGACCCAGCUUUCCGCCAGAAGCAAGUUGAGGCUGCCCGGAUUGCCCGCGAGAUUGAAGGAACCGAUGUUGAUAAUCCCCAUAUGCGCGAGGAAAGAGGUCUCGUGGCUCCAGCCACUGGUGACGACGACGAAGAGGCCAAGUACAGCGGUGUUCAGCGCGAGAACAAGGCUUUCCCACCACUUCUUUCUGGACAGCCAAACAAGUACACACCCCCAGGACGCCGACAGGCAGGCGGCCCUGCGCCUCCAGCCAAGCAACCCGUAUCUGCCACCACCACUCCCACUCCAGCAGUGCCUCAGGCGAAAGAGGCGAAAGAGCAAGUUGCCCCGGUUGAGAAGCAACAGACACCGGCACCCAUCAAACCUUCUACCGAAGUUGAACAAAAGCCCGUUCCCGCCAAUCUGCCUCCAACUCCUCUUCCGACUGCAGCCCCCGCUGCAAAGCGCCCGAUCCCUGAAAAUGCGACUGCGAAUGUCGAAACUGAAGUUCUUGAUCAUUUCCGUCAGUUCGCAAACAACGAGAAAUUGAAAAUGCAAGAACGUCGCCGCAAUCAAGCCUCUUACGACCGGACUAUCAAGUUGAAUGAGUUGAUGAAGUUCUCCAAGAACUUCAAGCUGUCGACACCCGUUCCCAAAGAUUUAGUACCUAUAUUGGCCAAGGAUCCUCACAAACAAGAGGCCAUCAUCCAACGUGCUCACACGCAAGGAGACGUCAAACCUCCCACCAAAGUUACAGCCCAGGUUGCCGAGCAGAAGUCCGCAGCACGUGCUCCUGUGCCAACUGGACCAAUCACGCCUGCUGCACCUUCCGAUCGCCAGAAUUUCCGUGGCCGACAAGGGUAUCUCCCCACUGGUCCACUUGCUGGGCCAAGUGGCCGCUUUCCCCAGCAGCAGCAAAUGCAGCCCGGUCGCCCAGGUACAGGUACUCUGAGUGGCCGUCUGGCCGACAAUCUACAGCAACGGAAGGGAGGCAUCUCGACGGCCCCUGUUUCGGCGCCCAUGCCUAUUCAAGAUGCUCGUGGACCUCCUACUGGACCUGCCAGUGACCAACCACGAGUAACCAGCCCUGUGAAAUCACAGACGACACUCAACCUAUCUGCUGCAUCGAAGUUUAACGUUCGCGCCAUGGAGUUCAAGCCCAACCCGGCUGCUAGCACAUUUACCCCCGGUGGUCCUUCUACUGGAGCACCUGCUGCCAGCCCGCGUGCUUUCUCGCGAAAUCGCUCAAUCUCACGGGCGACGACUCCGUCUGCAUUCUUCGGAGUCCGGAAGCCACUCCCCAUCUCGGAACGACCAUCUAUUGAUGAUCAGUUCAACCCGAUCAAGCGCAUGAAGAAGGAGAGCGGAGACUCUACUGAGAAGCCCUUCAUUUUCAACGGUGGUAUCCCGCCGCCAUACAAAACCCUGCCAACGUGGGAUGUCCCCGAAGGUAAUGAGGAAAAGACUUAUGAUCAGAUGUUCAAGGUUCCCUUGGCCGUGCCUACAGUUUCUCCCCAAGGUCGCCCUGCGUCCAACAACCCCCACUUGCCUCAGCAACAUCAGAUGUCCUUCCAGUUCCAGCAGGGCAACCCAGGCAUGCCAGCCUCGUCUGGGCCUCCCAAUGGUCCACAUGUCCAUCACCCUGGCCCUCAUGUGGAUGAACACCAUCAUCGCAUGCAACUUUCUGCAUCCUCGUCUCAGGUCUUCCCGUCACCUCGUAUGCAGCAAAGCCAUUUGGGAUAUCCUUCCCCUAUGGCGCCUCCAGCGCAGCUCGCGUUCGGGCAGCCGAUGCCACAAUUUUAUGGAGGCCCGCAGCCAGGAGGUCAUAUGAGACAUUAUCAAGGUAAUCAUGGACCGCAAUUCGUUAACCCCCAAAUGGGAGCUCCUAUGAUGGUACAGCAACCCUCCAACGGUCCUUAUAUGGGAGUUCCCCAGGGAAUGUCGCCGUACAAUCCCCAGAUGCAGAUGUACUCUCCUUCUCCUGGCCACGCCUACCCUCAGCACGCACCGGCUCAGCCACACAGCGGCUACCCCAGUCCGAGCCGUGGCGCCCCGAUGAUGAUGCACCAAAACUCGCAAUCGGGCCAGCCACCUCAGCCCAUGAUGUUCAUGUCUCCUGGCCAACCUGGGUACGGUGGACAGCAACCAGGCCAUGCACCCCCUGGACGCGGCGGUUAUCCCCAGCAACAGGCUCAUUUCUCCUCGAGCCCUCACCAAGCCCAUCAUUUCCCUCCGAACCAACAACGUGCGCCCGGCAACAAUUUCAACCAAGUACCUCAGAUACCCCCUCAAAUGGCUUCCAAUACUCCUGCCAACUCCGGAUCUGGAGCACACCCCGGGGAGGCUACAGAUGAAGGCAAAUGA